GCCUGUGCGUGCGUGGGGCGUAGCAAGGGACGGAAGCUCUGCCGGUGCGACCGCCGCCCACCCGAGCCUAUCUGGGCUGCGUCUUGCCGCCGCUGCUUUUCGUGGCCCAACGCCCCAAUCCUUGCCUGUCCUUGCAGUCCCACCCCACACUCAGCCUUGUGUCCCUCGAUCCAGUCUCCGACUUCCAUUUCCCACCCUAAGCCGCCUACCCGGUGUCUCUUCCCCGCCCGGUUGUCCUCGCCCUGCUGCGCUGAGUGUCCCCUGUUAGCCUCGACCCCAUGGCGCUGCAGACGCUGCAGAGCUCGUGGGUGACCUUCCGCAAGAUCCUGUCUCACUUCCCCGAGGAGCUGAGUCUGGCUUUCGUCUACGGCUCCGGGGUGUACCGCCAGGCAGGGCCCAGUUCAGACCAGAAGAAUGCUAUGCUGGACUUUGUGUUCACAGUAGAUGACCCUGUCGCAUGGCAUUCAAAGAACCUGAAGAAAAAUUGGAGUCACUACUCUUUCCUAAAAGUUUUAGGGCCCAAGAUUAUCACGUCCAUCCAGAAUAACUAUGGCGCUGGAGUUUACUACAAUUCAUUGAUCAUGUGUAAUGGUAGGCUUAUCAAAUAUGGAGUUAUUAGCACUAACGUUCUGAUUGAAGAUCUCCUCAACUGGAAUAACUUAUACAUUGCUGGACGACUCCAAAAACCGGUGAAAAUUAUCUCAAUGAACGAGGAUAUCACUCUUAGAUCAGCCCUCGAUAGAAAUCUGAAGAGUGCAGUGACCGCUGCUUUCCUCAUGCUCCCCGAAAGCUUUUCUGAAGAAGACCUCUUCAUAGAGAUUGCCGGUCUCUCCUAUUCAGGUGACUUUCGGAUGGUGGUUGGAGAAGAUAAAACAAAAGUGUUGAAUAUUGUGAAGCCCAAUAUACCCCACUUUCGAGAGCUCUAUGGCAGCAUACUACAGGAAAAUCCUCAAGUGGUGUAUAAAAGCCAGCAAGGCUGGCUGGAGAUAGAUAAAAGCCCAGAAGGACAGUUCACUCAGCUGAUGACGUUGCCCAAAACCUUACAGCAACAGAUAAAUCAUAUUAUGGACCCUCCUGGAAAAAACAGAGAUGUGGAAGAAACUUUAUUCCAAGUGGCUCAUGAUCCCGACUGUGGAGAUGUGGUGCGACUAGGGCUUUCAGCAAUCGUGAGACCGUCUAGUAUAAGACAGAGCACGAAAGGCAUUUUUACUGCUGGUAAGAGCUUUGGAAAUCCGUGUAUAACAUACCUGCUGACUGAAUGGCUUCCACAUUCUUGGUUACAGUGUAAAGCUUUGUAUCUUUUAAGUGCUUAUGAAAUGCUGAGCUUUGAUGGCCAUAAACUGGGAUAUUGCAGUAAGGUACAAACAGGCAUAACAGCAGCAGAAUCUGGUAGUCUAACAAUGUCAGACCAUUGGCAGUGCUGUUGGAAGCUUUACUGCCCUUCUGAAUUUUCUGAGACACUUCCUGUGUGCAGGGUUUUUCCCUCAUGUUGUUUUAUUUAUCAAAGUUACAGAUGCAUAGGAUUGCAAAAACAGCAGCACCUGUGCUCCCUCUCCUCUUCCCCUUCUCUGAGACAACUGCUUCCUUCUGUCUUAGUGGGUUAUUUUUGUUGUUACUGCCAUUUCUCUAAAUGGUAAGUUUUCGUUGCUCCUUCUCUACGUUUCAACUUUAGGUAUCAUCUAUUGACUUCUCUCUAUGGGAGGUUAGAAUUCAACUCUGGCACUCACCCUCAUCAAAUGUACGCACCCUCCCAUCCCUCUGUCCUCCUAAUAUAGUUGUCUGGUGGUUUUGGCUAAUUAGUUUUCAGUUUGAUGGUAUGGUGAGCCACAGAGUACACCUUUCCUUCCCUGCAUAAUGUUCUUCUCUCAUGGAGAGUGUCUUUGCUGUCCCCUCUAGGGGGUCCCCCAUUUCCUGUAUCUCAUGUCUUUCACUUGCUUGGUGCAUACUCAUUUUGGUGAAGCACAUUUUCCAGUAAUUUCCUGAGAAAGGGAACAUGGAAGGCACAUUUGGAGACCACGUAUGUCUGAAAGUCUUUUUUGUCUGUCUUCACCCAUAGUUAAUACUUAGGCUGGGUUUUGAUUAGAAAUCACUUUCCUUUAAAAUUUUGAGAUCAUUGCUGCAUUUAUCUUUUACUUCUAGGAUUGUUAUCUAUGUCUAAAGCCAAUCUGAUUCUUAAUCCUUUGUGUAUGUUAUUUCUGGAAGCAUGUUAGGUCUUUAUUUUUCCCCAGUGCUCUGAAUUCUCUCAGUGAUGUGCUUUGAUGUGAGUCUGUUUUUAUUUGUUUUAUCUGUUUUACCGGGAAUUCAUUGCCCUUUCUGUUGGGAAACUCAGAAUAUAAUCAUAUAAGAAAAAUGUUUUAAAUUUUUUCUUUAAUUUUGUCCCAUCUGUUUUCUCUGUUCUCUUUCUGGAACUCCUUUUAUUCAGAUAUUGCACCUCCUAGAUUAGUCUUUGGUUUUCUUUCUUUUGUCUUCUAUUUUUUAUCUGUUUGUUCUUUUGCUCUGCUUUGGAAGAUUUUCUCGAAUUUCUCAACUUUAGCUUCCAACCCUUCUGUUGAGUGUUUAUAAUUUCCAGGAACUCUCUCUUUCCUUGCUGUUCUCUGAAUGCUCCUGUUUUUUGCAUCCUAUUCUUGUUUUAUGGCCUAAAUAUUUGACAUCUCUUUGGAGGACAAAGUGGCUGUAUCAGUUCAUCGUCCCACAAGCAGAGUAGGAGAAUACUCUUUUCUUCCCAUUUUUUCCAACAUUUGGCAUCAUCAAGUGAUUGACUUUUCUAGUUCAGGCUUUCUUUAUGCAAGCAUCCAUUGAGCGUCUCUCAUGUGCCAGCUGCUCGGGAUACAAAAGUGAACACAACGCUGCGUUAGUCUGUUCUCAUGCUGCUAAUAAAGACAUACCUCAGACUGGUAAUUUAUAAAGGAAAGAGGUUUAAUUGAUUAGCAGUUCCACAUGGCUGGGGAGGUCUCAGAAUCAUGGCGGAAGGUGAAUGAGGAGCAAAAUCAUGUCUUACAUGGCGGCAGGCAGGAGAGCAUGUGCAGGGGAGCUCCCUUUUAUAGAACCAUCAGAUCUCGUAACACUUAUUCACUAUUAUGAAAACAGCACAGGAAAGACCUGCCUCCGUGAUUCAAUUACCUCCCACCGGGUCCCUCCCACGACGUGGGGAUUAUUACAAUUCAGGGUGAGAUUUGGGUGGGAACACAGAGCCAAACCAUAUCAAAUGCUAUACUGACUUCCAGAGGCGUGUAAUUUAGAAGGGAAAAGAGACAUGCUAACAGAAAUUUGCAAGAGAGGGAGAAAUAGCACAGAGGUAGCCCAAAAAGGGGAGUAAUCUUUCAACCUAAUUCUAAUCCCUGGGUUUGAGAUUGCUGGGGAGCUGGUGUGGUCACACCUCUCAGUGUUUCAUAGCCCAGCUGCUUGGAUACUCCUCUGAGCAUUUGGCCCUCAAGGACCGUGUUGCCCUCCUGAAUCACUGGAAAGAUUCAACAAGGCCAGGCAUGGUGGCUCACACUUAUAAUCCCAGCACUUUGGGAGGCCAGGGCGGGAGGAUUGCUUGGGCUCAAGAGUUCAAGACCAGCCUGGGCAACACAGCAAGACCCUGUCUCUUUAAAAAUAACAAAAAUAGGCCAGAUGCGGUGGCUCACACCUAUAAUCCCAGCACUUUGGGAGGCCAAGGCAGGAGGAUCACUUGAGUCCUGGAGUUCGAGAUCAGCCUGGGCAACAUGGUGGAACCCUGUCUCUAAACAAAUACAAAAAAUAGGCUGGAUGUGGUGACUCAUGCUUGUAAUCCUAGUACUUUGGGAGGCCGAGACAGGCGGAUUGCCUGAGCUCAGGGGUUUGAGACCAGCCUGGGCAACAUGGUGAAACCCCGUCUCUACUAAAAUACAAAAAAUUAGCUGGGCGUGGUGGCACAUGCCUGUAGUCCCACCUUUGAGCGGCUGAGGCAGGAGAAUUGCUUGAACCUGGGAGGCGGAAGUUGCAGUGAGCCAAGAUUGUGCCACUGCCUCCGGCCUGGGCAACAGAGUGAGACUUCGUCUCAAAAAAAAAAAAAAAAAAGGGCUGGGCGUGGUGGUGCGCGCCCGUAGUCCUGAGCCCAGGAAGUCGAGGCGGCAUUGAGCUAAGAACGCACCACUGCACUUCAGUCUGGGUGACAGAGUGAGACCCUGUCUCAAAAAAAAAAAAAAAAAUUAUAAUAAUAAAAACAUUGUAUAAAAGUUUCAACAAAGACUUAGUAGCACUUGUGUCACAUCUGCUGAACUAAAGAUUUUCCUACCAUUUGGGUGCAUGGCUUUGCAUUUCCAGUUAAGAUAUUCAUUUAAUCUAUGUUCCUGCUAGUUUACUCUGGCAAGACUGAAGAUGAGGUACUUUUGUUUGUUUGGGUGAUUCAUGCUGUUAAUCUGAAUUUUGCAUGAUUGCCUUUCCCUUGCCAUGAUCCUCCUUGGGUGAGGCUUAAUGAUUUGUUUUGCUGUUGGCAUCCCAUGCUAUAAGGAAUUAUUGGAAUUAUUAGAAUUAUUGUUAAUUAUUUUUCAGUUGUGACAAUGGUGGUGUUAUGGAGCUUUUUAAAAAAUUCCCUUUCUUUUAGAGAUGCAUACUAAAAUAAUUCCAGAUGCAACGAUAUGUUGUCUGGGAUUUGCUUCAAAAUAAAACGUGGCAGAGGGCAGUGGGUAAUGGGUAGAUGACACAAGAUUGGCCAUGAGCUGAUAUAUUGUCAAAGCUAGGUAAAGAUGCAUGGGGCUGUUUUAUACUCUUCUGUCUGUUAUUUAAGUUUGAAUUUUUCUCUAAUAAAAGGCUGAAAAAGAUCUUGACACCUUCAACCUGAAAUGAGCCUUUGGUCCUCUUUCCACUCAUUACUUCUACUCACCAGCAGAGGGCAGUUGAUCACAGAACCCACAGCUCAGCUGUCCUUGUGGCCCUGGAGUGCUGAUGCUGCUUCCCCUGCGUGCUUACUGCUAGCUUCCCCUUCGCUUUUUCUUCUUUUUAAUUUUUAAAACGUUUAAGGAAUACAAGUGCAUUUUUCUUACAUGGUGAAGUCUGGGCUUUUAGUGUACCCAUCAUCACCCAAAUAGUGAAUAUUGUACCCAACAGGUAAUUUUCCAACCCUCACCUCCUCCCACCCUCACACUUUCUAUAGUCACCAGUGUCAUUCUAUUCUGUAUGCUCAUGCAUACACAUUGUUUAGCUCCCACUUAAAGUGAGAACAUGUGAUACUUGAAUUUCUGUUUCUGAGUUAUUUCACUUAUAGACGUGGCCUCCAGUUCUAUCCAUCUUGCUGCAAAAGACAUUAUUUCAUUCUUUGUUAUGGCUAAGUAGUAUUCAAGGUGAGAUAUAGAUGUAGAUAUACACACAUUUUUGUUAUCCAGUUCUCCAUUGAUGGACACUUUGGUUAAUUCCAUAUCAUUGCUAUUGUGACUAGUGCUGCAGUAAACAUACGAGUGGUUUCUUUUUGUUUUUGUUUUUGAUAUAAUGAUUUCUUUCCCUUUGGAUGUAUACAUAGUAAUGGGAUUGCUAGAUCAAAGGUUAAUUCUAUUUUUAGGUCUUUAAGAAAUCUCCAUACUGUUUCACAUAAAGGCUAUACUAAUUUAGAUUCCCUUCAACAGUGUAUAAGCAUUCCCUUUUCUCCACAUCUGCACCAACAUCUGUUUUUUGUUUUUUGUUUUUUUGUGAGACAGAGCAACAGCCUCGCUCUGUUGCUCAGGCUGGAGUAUAGUGGCGCGAUCUCACCUCACUGCAACCCCCACCUCCUGGUUUCAAGCGAUUCCCCCCCUCAGCCUCCUGAGUAGCUGGAGACGGAAUCGCUAUCACCCAGGCUAGAGUGCAGUGGUGCAAUCUCAGCUCACAGCAACCUCUGCCUCCUGGGUUCAAGCAAUUCUACUGCCUCAGCCUCCCAAGUAGCUGGGACUACAGGCAUGCAUCACCAUGCCUGCCUAAUUUUUGUAUUUUUAGUAAAAUCGGAGUUUCACCAUGUUGGCCAGGCUGGCCUUGAACUCUUGAUCUCAAGUGAUCUGCCCACCUUGGCCUCCCAAAGUGCUGGGAUUACAGGUAUGAGUCACUGUGCCCAAGCUAUUGAAUGCUUUUUCUGCAUCUAUUUAGACAAUCAUGUAGUUUUUGUCCUUAAUUCUGUUUAUGUGAUGUAUCACAUUUAUUGAUUUGUAUAUAUUGAACCAUCCUUGCAUCCCUGGGAUAAAUCCCACCUGAUCAUAAUGUAUUCUCUUUUUGAUGUGCUGUUGGAUUUAAUUUGCUAGUAUUUUGUUGAGGAUUUUUGUGUCUGUGUUCAUCAGGGAUAUUGGUCUAUAAUUUUCUUUUCUGGUGGUGUUGUGUCCUUGUCUGUUUGGUACCAAGGUGAUAGCAGCCUCAUUUGUCCUUGUCUGUUUGGUACCAAGGUGAUAGCAGCCUCAUAGAAUGAGUUAGGGAGAAUUCCCUCCUUGAUCUUUUUAGAAUAGUUUCAGAAGGAUUGGUAUUCAUUCUUUCUGUGUUUGGUAGAGUUCAGCUGUGAAUCAAUCAGGUCCUGGGCUUCUUUUUGUUGUUGGGAGAUUUUUAUUAGUGAUUCAGUCUUGCUACUACAUUACUGAUCUUUUCAGAUACUCUGUUUCUUCCUGGUUCAAUCUUGAAGAUUAUGUUUCCAUGAAUUUAUCAGUUUCCUCUGGGUUUUCUAGUUUGUGGACAUCUAAUUGUUUAUAAUAGUCUCUGAUGAUCUUCUGUAUGUCUGUGAUAUCAGUUGUAAUGUCUUUUUCAUUUCUGAUUGUGUUUAUUUGUAUCUCUUCUUGUCUUGUAUCUUGUUUAUUUGUAUCUGUCUUGUCUUCUUAGUCUUAGCUAGUGGUUUAUCAAUUUUGUGUAUCUUUCAAAGAACCAACUUUUCUUUUUUGUUUUUUGAGUCAGGGUCUGGCUCUAUCGCUCAGGCUACAGUGCAGUGGCACAAUCAUGGCUUACUAGAAUAUUUGCCUCCCAGGCUUAAGCAAUCCUCCCACCUCAGCCUUUCGAGUAGGUAGGACUACAGUGCACACUACCAUGCCUGGCUAACUUUUGUAUUUUUUGUCAAGGUGAGAUUUUGCCACAUUGCCCUGGCUGGUCUUGAACUUCUAGAAUCUCAAUCAGCCAGCCUCAGCCUCCCAAAGUGCAGGGAUUACAGGCAUGAGCCACUGCACCUGGUCCCAACUUUUCAUUUUGUUGAUACUUUGUAUUGUUUUUUGGUCUCCAUUUUAUUUAGUUCUGCUCUGAUCUUUGUUAUUUCUUUUCUUCUGCUAACUUUGAGUUUAGUUAUUUUUUUUCUUGUUCCUUGAGGUGUGGCAUUAGGUUGUUAAUUUGUGAUCUUCCUACUUUUUUAUGUAGACAUGUAAUGCUGUAAACAUUAGUAAUGCCCUCUUAGCACUGCUUUUGCUGCAUCCCACAGGCUUUGGUAUGUUGUGUUUUCAUUUUUAUUUGUUUCCAAAAAUUUUUAAGGUCAGGCAUGGUGGCUCAUGCCUGUAAUCCCAGCACUUUGGGAGUCUGAGGUGGGUGGAUUGCUUGAGCCUAGGAGUUUGAAACCAGCCUGGGCAACAUGGAAAAACCCCAUUUCUACAAAAAAUUAGCUGUGCAGCUGUGCAUGGUGGUAUGUGCCUGUAGUCCCAGCUACUCAGGAGGCUGAGGCAGGAGUCUCACUUGAGCUAAAGGAGUUUGAGGCUACAGUGAGCCAUGAUUGCACCACAGCCUGGGUGACACAGUAAGACCCUGUCUCAGGGUCUCAGGGGAAAAAAAAUCUUCAUUAACCCAGUGAUUAAGUGAUUAUUUAGGGGCAUGCUGUUUAAUUUCCAUGUAUUUGUAUCAUUUCUGAAGUUCCUCUUAUGUUGAUUUCUAGCUUUAUUCUACUAUUGUCUGAGAAGAUACUUGAUUUUGAUUUUUUAAAAUUUGUUAAGAUUUGUUUUGUAGCCUAAUGUGUGAUGUGUGAUCUGUCUUUAAGAAUGUUUCUUCUUCCUUUCUUUUUUUUUUUCUUUGUUGAGACAGGGUCUUGCUCUGUUGCCCAGGGUGGAGUGCAGUGGUGUGAUCAUGGCUUACUGUAGCCUUAACCUCCUAAGGUUAAGCAGUCCUCUCACCUCAGCCUCCUGAGUAGCUGGGACCACAGGCACAUACCACCAUGCCUGGCUACAUUUAUUUUUAAUCUUAUUUUUUGUAGAGACAAAGUCUCCCUAUGUAGCCCAUGCUUGAAGAAUGUUUUAUGUGCUGAUGAAAAGAACAUGUAUUCUGUAGAUGUUGGGAAGAAUGUUCUGUAAAUGUCUAUUAAGUCUAUUUGGUCUAAAGUCCAGUGUUUCUUUGUUAAUUUUUUGCCUCGAUGGUCUGUAUAGUGCUGUGAGUAGGAUGUUGAAGUCCCCCACUGUUAUUGUGUUGCUAUCUAUCUCUUUCUUUAGAGCUAGUAAUAUUUGUUUUGUGAAUUUGGGUGGUCCUAUGUUGGGUGCAUAUAUAUUUAGGAUUUGCUAUACCCUCUUGGUGAACUGAUCCCUUUAUCAUUAUAUAAUGACCUUCUUAGUCUUUUUUUUUUUUAACUGUUUUUGAUUUAGAGUCUGUUUUAUUUGACAUAUAUAUAGUUCUCCUUUUGAUUUCUUUUUGGAUGGAAUAUCUUUUUCCACCCCUUUACUUUCAGUCUAUUUGUGUCUUCACAGGUAAGGUGAGUUUCUUGUAGGUAGCAUAUAGGUGGAUUAUGUUUUUUUAAUCUGUUCUGCCAGUCUGUAUCUUUUAAAUGAAGCAUUUAAUCCAUUUACAUUUAAAGUUAAUAUUGAUACGUGAGGUUUUGUUUCUGUCAUAUGGUUAUUUUCAAGUUAUUUUAUAAAUUCUUUGUUUUCUUUCUUUUUCUCUUUUUGUCCUUGUGUUUUGAUGAAAUUCUGUAAUUUGAUUUCUUUCUGUUCCUCUUUUGUGAGAUUGUUUUAUAAGAACUGUGAGUUUUAUAUUUCUGGGUAUUUUUGUGAUGGUGAAUAUCAGCGUUUUAUUUCCAUGUUUAAGACUCCUUUGAGCAUUUCCUAUAGGGCUGGUCUAGUGGUGACAGAUUCCCUUAGUAUUUGUCUAGGAAAGACUAGUCUCUUUCAUUUAUGAAGCUUAUUCUAGCAGGAUAUAAAAUUCUUGGCUGACAGGGUUUUUUUCCUUCAGCACUUUGAAAAUGCUAUCCCAUUCUCUUCUGGCCUUUAAGGUUUCUGCUGAAAAGUCCACUGUUAGUCUGAUGAGGUUUCCUUUAUGGGUGACUAGAUGCUUUUCUCUUGCUAAUUUUAAAAUUGUUUCUUUUACUUUCACUUUAGACCUUCUGAUUAUAGUAUGCUAUGUUGAAGUCAUUUUUGCAGUGUAUUCACCUGGGGGUCAUUGGGUCUCUUGUAUCUGGAUAUCUGACACACUUGCUAGACUUGGGAAGCUUUCAUUGAUUAUUUCCUUAAAUAAAAGUUUCUAAACAUUUUAACCUCUCUUCCUGCUCAGCCUUUUCUUCACUUCUAAUGAUGCCACAUUGCAUUGUGGAAGUCCAGAGUGACAGAAUGUAUGUUACCUCACACUGAGGUGACAUAAAGCAUGGAAAGUGAUGAGCACCCCUUCAGAUUCUGUGGGUUAAAUGGCCUUAUGCUCUGGCUUCUCUGUUUAUUUUGGCCAAGGGCUGUGACAAAGGUUUCCUAGCAUAGUGCUGAGGGCAGAGGUUUGUGAGGCGCAGAGACUAGAGCUCCAAUUACAACCUAACCAGUGUGACUUGGGCAAGUUACUUAAUUUUUCUGAGUUUUAACUUCAUAGGAAUAAUUAUGCCUGCCUCACCAGGUUGUGAAGAUUAUGUUUGGUUUUUUGUUUGUUUUGGGUUUUGUUUUUUUGGAGACAGGUUCUAGCUCAGGCCAGAGUGCAAUGGUGUAUUUUAUGUUUGUUUUUUUGUUUUUGUUUUGUUUUUUUGGAAACAGGUUCUAGCCCAGGCUAGAGUACAAUGGUGUGAUCCUCCCACUUUAGCCUCCCAAGUACCUGUGUCUAAAGGGUGCAAUACCACACCUGGCUGUUUUUUUGUUUUGUUUUUGUUUUUUGUAGAGAUGGAGUCCCACUAUGUUGCCCAGGCUUGUCUCAAACUCCUGGGCUCAAGUGAUCCUCCCACCUCAGCCUCCCAAAGUGCUGGAAUUAUAGGGUUAAGCCACUGCACCUGGCCAGGAGAUUAUAUUUUAAGAUAUAUUAAGGCAUCUAGCAUUGUGUCUGGUUUUUCUUCUUUUGGUAUCAUUACUUAAAAGUUUCCUGACCUCUCUUUGAAACAAGCCUCUUUACAAUGUUAUAUUCGAAUAGUGUUAGCCCCUGGCCCAGGUCUCCAGCUGGAGUAAACUAACAGUGACAGGCACCGAGUGACUGGUUUGCCUGUUUCUCUUUCCUCAUCCUCACAGUAAGUUUCAGAACCUCUAUCCUUCUCCACCUUGUUCUUUUUUUUUAACUUUUAUUUUAAGUUUGGGGUACAUGUGCAAGUUUGUUAUGCAGGUAAACUUGUGCCAUAGAGGUUUGUUAUACAGAUUAUUUUGUCACCUAUUUAUUAAGCCUAGUUAGAACCCAUUAGUUAUUUUUCCUGAUCCUCUCACCCCUCCCAUCCUUCACCCAUCAGUAGGCCCCAGUGUCUGUUGUUCCCUUCUAUGUGUCCUAUGUGUUCUCAUCAUUUAACUCCUACUUGUAAGUGAGAAUAUGCAGCAUUUGGUUUUCUGUUGCUGUGUUAGUUUGCUGAGGAUAAUGGCCUCCAGCUCCAUCUAUAUCCCUGCAAAGGACAUGGUCUCUUUUUUAUUAUGGCUGCAUAGUAUUCCAUGGUGUAUAUGUACCACGUUUUCUUUAUGCAGUCUACAAUUGAUGGGCAUUUAGGUUGAUUCCGUGUCUUUGCUAUUGUGAAUAAUGCUGCAAUGAGUAUACACAUGCAUGUGUCUUUGUGAUAUAAUGAAUUAUAUUCCUUUGGGUAUGUACUCCAGUAAUAGGCUUGCUGGGUCAAGUGGCAGUUCUCUUUUUAGGUUUUUGAGGAAUCGGCACAUUGUCUUCCACAAUGGUUGAACUAAUUUACACCCCUGCCAGCAGUGUAUAAAUGUUCCUUUUUCUCCACAACCUCACCAGCUUCUGUUGUUUCUUGACUUAAUGACAACCAUUCUGACUGCUGUGAGAUGGAAUCUCAUUGUGAUUUUGAUUUGCAUUCCUCUAAUUAUCAGUCAGUCAUGUUGAGCUUUUUUUCCUUUGAUUGUUGGCUGCAUGUAUGUCUUCCUUUGAAAAGUGUCUGUUCAUGUCCUUUGCCCACUUUUUAAUGGGGCUGUUUGUUUUUUUUCUUGUAAAUUUGUUUAGGUUCUUUAUAGAUGCUGGACAUAAAGCCUUUGUCAGAUGCCUAGUUUGCAAAAUUUUCUCCCAUUUCGUAGGUUGUCUGUUCACUCUGUUCUUCACUGUCUUGUUAUUUUGCUGUGCAGAAGCUCUUUAGUUUAAUUAGAUCCCAUUUAAAAUUUUUGCUUUUGUUGUAAUUGCUUUUGGCAUCUUUGUCAUGAAAUCUUUGCCCAUUCUUACGUCCAGAAUGGUAUUGCCUAAGUUGUCUUCCAGGGUUUUUAUAGCUUUGCAUUUAAGUCUUUAAUCCAUCUUGACUUAAUUUUUGUAUAUGGUGUGAGGAAGGGUCCAGUUUCGAUCUUCAGCAUAUGGCUAACCAGUUUUCCCAGCACCAUUUAUUGAAUAGGGAGUUCUUUCCCCAUUGCUUGUUUUUGCCUACUUUGUCAAAGAUCAGAUGGUUGUAGGUGUGCAGCCUUAUUUCUGGGUUCUCUGUUCUGUUCCAUUGGUCUAUGUGUCUGUUUUUGUACGAGCACCAUGCUGUUUUGGUUACUGUAGCCCUGUAGUUAUAGUUUGAAGUCGAGUAGCAUGAGGCCUCCAGCUUUGUUCUUUUUGCUUAGUGUUGCCUUGGCUGUUCGGGCUCUUUUGGUUCCAUAUGAAUUUUAAAAUAGUUUUUUUCUAGUUCUGUGAAGAAUGUCAUUGGUAGUUUAAUAGGAAUAGCCUUGAAUAUAUAAAUUGCUUUAGGCACUAUGACCAUUUUAACAGUAUUGGUUCUUUCUAUCUAUGAACAUGGAAUAGUUUUCCAUUUGUUUGUGUCAUCUCUGAUUUCUUUGAGCAGUGUUUUGUAGUUCUCCUUGUAGAGAUCUUUCACCUCCCUGGUUAGAUGUAUUCCUUUUUAUGGCAGUUGUGAAUGGGGUUGCGUUCUUAAUUUGGCUCUUGGCUUGACUGUUGUUGGUGUAUUGGAAUGCUGGUGAUUUUUGCACAUUGAUUUUUGUAUCCUGAGACUUUACUGAAGUUGUUUAUCAGCUGAAGGAGCUUUUGAGCUGAGAUCCACCUUGCUCUUUACGAGUCCUUUUGUUGUCAUCAUAGCUCUUGUUGUUCUGCCUUACUUUUUCUAGGUCCUUCUCCCCAAAAUUUCUCAAGUUCUGCCUCUGUUCAGUUUUUCAGCCAGCUCGUAUGUCAUCUGUAGGAUGAGAAAACCCUAGCAUAUUUGGUUUACUUUUUAUUCUUUUGUAGCCAUUACCCCUCCUCCCCUGUGCAACCUCCUACUCAUAAAUGGGAUAAAAAGGAAGAUUUGGUCUUCCCCUUAGCCAGCCAAUACAAAGGUCAAAUUCAGUUAAAUUCCGGGAAUCCGCUUAGUGAAGGAGCUAAGCUUGGGGUCAGAGGAUAGGGUUUUGGGGUUCUGAAUUAUUCAUUUCUUCACUCUAUGACUAUGGUAUGUUAUUCUCUCUUCUGUGAGAUGGUGGGAAUACUAAUACCCAACUCACAAGGUGUUCUGAGGCUUACAUGAGAGCGUCCAGGGUGUUAUCCAGAGGUGCUUUAUAAAUUUAGAUGAAUGCAGAUCUAAAUUUCACUCUACUCCUACAAAAGAUGGAAGCCAGGCAUCUAUAAACAGCUGGGAGGACUGCCCUUCCUAGUAAACACUGUUGGAUAACAUGGCAGUAUGUCCUCAAUGCAGUCUCACUGAUGCUUUGUCUUUAUUAGUUCCCUUGAAAUUCCCUGACCGUCACAUACACUCAUGUUCAAAUGUGAUUAGAGAAUUGCUUCCAAAACCAAACACUGUUUUCCUUUUCCUUUAGCCUGGGAGUUGAUUAUUAAGCAAAUCGUUUUAAUUUCCCUUAGACUGUGCUGCUAGUAGAAUAACAUCAUUCUCAUCAGAUCAGCAACUGAAGCCAGCUGGCUUAGGAGUACCAAAAGACUAUUUAGCCUCCUAAAAUUUGCCUGCUCUUCCUUUCAUGGUAGCAGCAGAUGACCUCACAUCUCAAACUGGCAACAAAAGACCAGCUAAGCAACUGCAUAUUCGAGCAGCAGCCUUUUAUAAA